AUGGUUAGCGAAAUCUUUGAUACUUCGAAUUCGAUUCAAUUAGUAUUAUCAGGAAUAGACCAUUUUAUGUCAUAUUUUGUUCAAAACCAAUCGGACAUAGAGUAUCAUAACCUUGUUGAGUUUAGAGUUCAUCCGGUGGAUUUUCUUGCCGGUAUUGAAAACUUGCCUCUAUUAAAACAUAGAAACUUACGAUCUCUCAUUUUAUUGGCCGAUCUGGCAGAGAACCGAGAUGUACAAAGUAUUUGCAGCUUACUUGUCAACUAUCCGGAUGCCAGCUCUAAUUGGUGGAGCAAUGGCAGAAAGUAUUGCAUGUUUUUGACGGAUUAUGAUUACAUAUUGAAUUCCAACCUGCCCCCCGGAGUCAUUGAUUUUCAUCGGAGAAAACAUAUCAUAUUCCUGGAGGACGGGCAAGAUUGCUUUGUAACACAAUCGAAGGAUAUUGUUCAAGACGAAGACAAAGGUAGAAGAAUGGAGGUGGAGCUUAAAAGAUUUUACUCGCAUCUUGAACUUGAAAAUAAUCUUGGGUAG